AUGUGUGAGCAAGAAUUCAGAGACGGACACAAAUCUAAAUGCCACAAAGAGGAGGUUCAUUUUGGGAUCCUUAUUGCUGCUCAUUGUUUUCCAGGAAAAUUGCUCCUCAGAAAACACAUGAAAAUACAUACUGGAGAAGCAGACUUUAUGUGCCUUUUUUGUGGGAAAUGUGACUAUGACAAAAACAGUUCUGAGGUCCAUGUCAACAAACAUGAUAAUGCAGCACCAUACAAACUGAUAAACCGAGACCCCACAUCGACUACAAGACUGAUAAACCGAGACCCCACAUCGAUUACAAGACUGAUAAACCGAGACCCCACAUCGACUACAAGACAUAAACCGAGACCCCACAUCGACUACAAGACAGAUAAACCGAGACCCGACAUCGAUUACAAGACUGAUAAACCGAGACCCCACAUCGACUACAAGACUGAUAAACCGAGACCCCGCAUCGACUACAAGACUGAUAAACCGAGACCCCACAUCGACUACAAGACUGAUAAACCGAGACCCCACAUCGAUUACAAGACUGAUAAACCGAGACCCCACAUCGACUACAAGACUGAUAAACCGAGACCCCACAUCGACUACAAGACUGAUAAACCGAGACCCCACAUCGAUUACAAGACAGAUAAACUGAGAUCCCACAUCAAUUACAAGACAGAUAAACCGAGACCCCACAUCGACUACAAGACAGAUAAACUGAGAUCCCACAUCAAUUACAAGACUGAUAAACCGAGACCCCACAUCGAUUACAAGACAGAUAAACCGAUACCCCACAUCGAUUACAAGACUGAUAAACCGAGACCCCACAUCAAUUACAAGACUGAUAUACCGAGACCCCACAUCGAUUACAAGACAGAUAAACCGAAUCCCCACAUCGAUUACAAGACAGAUAAACCGAGACCCCACAUCGAUUACAAGACUGAUAAACCGAGACCCCACAUCGAUUACAAGACAGAUAAACCGAGAUCCCACAUCGAUUACAAGACAGAUAAACCGAGAUCCCACAUCGAUUACAAGACAGAUAAUCCGAGACCCCACAUCGACUACAAGACAGAUAAACCGAGACCCCACAUCGAUUACAAGACAGAUAAUCCGAGACCCCACAUCGACUACAAGACAGAUAAACCGAGACCCCGCAUCAAUUACAAGACAGAUAAACCGAGACCCCACAUCGAUUACAAGACAGAUAAACCGAGACCCCACAUCGAUUACAAGACAGAUAAACCGAGACCCCACAUCAAUUACAAGACAGAUAAACCGAGACCCCACAACGAUUACAAGACAGAUAAACCGAGACCCCACAUCAAUUACAAGACAGAUAAACCGAGACCCCACAUCAAUCAUAAGACAGAUAAACCGAGACCCCACAUCGAUUACAAGACUGAUAAACCGAGACCCCACAUCAAUCAUAAGACUGAUAAACCGAGACCCCUAAUCGACUACAAGACAGAUAAACCGAGACCCCACAUCGACUACAAGACUGAUAAACUGAGAUCCCACAUCGAUUACAAGACAGAUGAACCGAGACCCCACAUCAAUUACAAGACAUAUAAACUGAGAUCCCACAUCGACUACAAGACUGAUAAACCGAGAUCCCACAUCAAUUACAAGACAGAUAAACCGAGACCCCACAUCGAUUACAAGACAAAUAAACCGAGACCCCACAUCGAUUACAAGACAUAUAAACUGAGAUCCCACAUCGACUAUGAAAUAUAA